AUGUGUAAUGCUCUUGAGCCAUAUCCUGGUCGAUGUGUUACGGACCAUGCUGCCGGUGGAUGUCACGAACGAUCACUCACUCAAAUCAAGUUCAAUUCAGAAGGGGACUUACUUUUUUCAUGCUCCAAAGACCAUAUUAUCAACGUUUGGUUCUCACACAAUGGUGAACGCCUAGGUACAUACGAUGGCCACAAUGGCACAGUAUGGACAAUCGACGUCGAUUCACAGUCAAGAUUUCUUGUCUCUGGAUCUGCCGAUAAUGAGCUACGUCUGUGGAACGUAUCCGAUGGCAAAUGUCUCUACGUUUGGGAGUUCCCGACGGCUGUGAAGCGUGUUGCAUUUAGCGACGAUGACGAACGUGUCGUUUGCAUCACUGAGCAACGCAUGGGCCAUCAAUGUGUUAUAAGAGUGUUCAAGCUGAACCGUGAUGGAGAUGGAACAACUCAAUCACUAGAACCAGAACAUAUGUUCAGUCCCAUAGGGUCAAAGGCCACCGUCUGCGCAUUCACAUACACACCAAACCUGAUCAUCACUGGUCACGAGUCUGGAAAAGUCGCUCUUUUUGAUGUUGUGACUGGGACAGAAGUUCUCAAUAAUGAGCGUGCGCACAUGGACGUCGUCACCGAUUUGCAAUUGUCUGCCGAUCGCAGCUACUUCGUGACAAGUAGCAAAGACAAAACUGCUCGGAUACAUGACACAAAAACUCUUCGAGUACUCAAAACUUUUGCAACAGAGACACCUUUGAACAGUGCAGCAUUAGCGCCCAACAAACCAUACGUACUAGUAGGUGGUGGUCAGGAAGCGAUGCAGGUCACGACUACGUCGCUGCGGCAAGGCAAAUUUGAAACCCGGUUUUGGCACAAGGUCUUUGAAGAGGAGGUUGGCAGAGUAAAAGGUCAUUUCGGACCCAUUAACACAAUUGCUGUUCAUCCGGCUGGCACGAGCUAUGCUUCCGGCGGAGAAGACGGUUUUAUACGUGUUCAUCACUUCGAUGAGUCCUACUUCAGAGUAAAGCCGUAUGGGGAUCUCCAGCUUGAGGAUUGA